AUGUGGACACCCUGCGAUGCCCCCCAGCUGCUGCCGAGCACGGAACAGGGCUCUCCGGCUGGCGCCGGCCGAGGAAGGGAGCGCCGGGCCGGGCGCCGGGCCGCCCCCCAUGGCCGCCGGCCCCCCGACGUGACGCCCGCCAAGCUGGACAUCCCGCCGGAGCGCCCGCCCGCGCAGCCCGCCCGAGCCCCCGCGCCCCGCCGCGAUGCCGCCACCAUCACCGAUCUGCACAGCGGCGGUGACGUCCCCGAGGUGGAGAUCGUCAGCCUGCUGGGCGAGCCGCUGCCGCGCUACACGCUGCGCGCCGACUCCGUCUUCGGCUACGAGCACGACGACUGGCUGCGCGCGCCGCCGCUGCCGCCCGGCGCCGCCGCCGCCCUCACGCCCCGGCAGCUCGAGGAGACUCUGCGCUACUUCGUGCUGUGUGCCGAGCGGGUGAGCAGGGUCACCAAGACCUACCACGACAUUGACGCUGUCACUAACCUGCUGGAAGAGAAGGAGCGGGACCUGGAGCUGGCCGCACGCAUCGGGCAGUCGCUGCUGAAGCAGAACCGGAGCCUGACGGAGCGCAACGAGCUGCUGGAGGAGCAGCUGGAGCUGGCCAAGGAGGAGAUCGCCCAGCUGCGCCACGAGGUCUCCAUGCGCGACGACCUGCUGCACUUCUACACCACGAGCACGGAGGAGAGCGAACCGGGCUCGGCCGCGUCCACGCCGCUGCGCCGGAGCGAGUCCUCGCCCUCGCUGCAGCACUACCUGCAGUACGACGUCCUGCAGCAGAAGCUCAAGGGCCUCGAGGAGGAGAACCAGAAGCUGCGCCUGGAGGCCACCAGCAUCGCCACCGAGACCUGCCAGUACGAGGAGCAGGAGCAGCAGCUGAUGAUUGACUGCGUGGAGCAGUUCUCCGAGGCCAGCCGGCAGGUGAGCCGCCUCUCGGAGGAGCUGGCGCGCAAGGCGGAGGACACGGCGCGGCAGCAGGAGGAGAUCAGCCAGCUCCUGGCGCAGGUGGUGGAGCUGCAGCACAAGUGCCGCACGUACGGCUCCGAGGUGGAGGAGCUCCAGCAGCACCUGGCCCUGGCCAAGGAGGUGCAGCAGCAGCUGCGGACGGAGCUGCGCGACCUGCAGGAGAAGUACGCGGAGUGCGGCGGGAUGCUGCAGGAGGCCCGCGCCGAGGUGAAGAGCCUGCGCAGCCGCAGCCUGCCCAGCGGCGCCGUGGGCCGCUACGGAGCGCCCAGCCUGCUGCCCCUGGACUCGCUGGCGGCCGAGAUCAAGGGCUCCAUGCGCAAGGGCGCCGAGGGCUCCUCCUCGGACUACAGCUGCCUGCGCGUCUUCGAGACGGUGAAGGCCGUGAACCAGGCGGCCAGGGCCCGCUCGAGCUGCGAGUCGCAGCCCUCGGGCCCGUCCUCGGCGGGGACCAGCACCCCCCACGGCAGUGGCCCCGGCCCCGCCGCAGGCGCUCGGGCCGCGGCGGCCGGAGCGGCGCUGGAGGCAGCCGUGCAGCAGCUCUCGGUGCGCCAGGAGAGCCACGCGGCCGAGCGCUCCUUCUUCGACACGGAGCGGGAGCACAAGCUGCGGCGCCUGCACGAGGCCGAGGGCUCCAGCGGCGCCCUCAGCCCCACCGGCAGCGUCGCCUCCGCCGGCUCCGGCGCCUCCGAGCUCACAGCCGCCUCUGGCUUCUCCCUGGGCUCCCUCUCCUACCUGCCUGACAAGCUGCAGAUUGUGAAGCCCCUGGAAGGCUCGGUGACGCUCCACCACUGGCAGCAGCUGGCACGGCCCGACCUGGGCGGCAUCCUGGUGCCGCGGCCUGGCGUCCUCACCAAGGACUUCCGUCAGCUGGACGUGGACCUGGAGCAGGUCUACACGCUGGCCGACCUGGAGGAGGACGACGUGGACGCGGGCGCCUUCGCGCGGCUCCCGACGUCGACGCCGGCCCCGGAGCGGCGCGGCGUGUUCCUCUCUGUUAACAACCUCCCCCAGACCCCAUCCACCUUCACCAUCACCACCUGCCACGUCCUGCACCCCACCACCGAGAGCACCAGGGUGACAGCCAGCCUCCCUCCCGCGGCCGUGCCUUCUUGUGGGCCCUUUGCGGGGCUGAGCGGCGGCGCGGAGCCGCCCCGCGCCCCCACGGGCCUCGUGCCGCUGCUGCUGGCGCGGGGCAUCUCGGCGGGGCGCCCGCCGGCGCCCGGCAGCAUCUUCAGCCUCAACCUGGUGGCCAAGCUGCGGCGCCUGGGGCUGGACCGCGUGGUGGCCCGAGGGGAGACGUCCUACGCGCAGGGCGCGCACGGGGACGGCGCCACGUGA